CUGCUGCUUAUCGGAGCUGUCUCUCCCCACGGCGGACACUUUCGGCGCGGGGACCCGCUCGCAGUACAGCUCUCCGUGUGUGAGUAAUUCUGCUCAUUGUUGCUCAGACCUAACCAACGUCACACCUGCUAUGCACGCACGCUCUAUUACAUUUACUCCACAUUCAGACAAACCAGCCGGAGCAAACCAGCAUUAACACAACCAACAGGACACCAGCAAGGCUAACAUCUCUUCCCCAGCUUUUCCGGCUGUGAUGGAAACAUUUGUAUGAAUCACAGUCAAAGAAGUGAGGAUGAAUGGUGCGCAGGUAGUCCACACAGACAGCAACUCUCUGCUCAAAGCCGUUUACCUAAGCCGACUCCGCCUGACACGCCUUCUCCUAGAAGGUGGGGCUUACAUAAAUGAGAGCAAUGAGCGUGGGGAGACACCCCUAAUGAUCGCCUGCAAGAGCAGACACACUGACCACCAGGGGGUUCCAAAGGCAAAGAUGGUAGCGUAUUUGCUGGAGAGUGGGGCUGACCCAAACAUCCAAGACAAGAGUGGAAAGACUGCCCUGAUGCAUGCCUGCCUAGAGCAAGCCGGACCUGAAGUAGCGUCCUUGCUCCUGGCUAGUGGGGCUGAUCCCUGUCUGAAGGAUCACACGGGUUCUUCUGCUCUGAUUCAUGCCAUCCAUGCCAGCGAUGAGGAAACGCUAAAGCUGCUAAUGGAUGCCUGCAAGGCCAGAGGGAAAGAAGUCAUCAUCAUCACUACAGACAGACUUGCUUGUGGAAGGCAGCUGGCCAAACAGUAUCUUAAGGUUCCUUCACUGGCAACAUCAGAGCAGUGGGAUAAGCUGAAUUCCUCCUCAGUGCCUUGCGCUUCUCCUUCUGAGAUACACCUCAGUACAUCAUCCCAAGGGACAGGCUCCUCCAGCUCCACAGAGCAUAUGUUCUCAUUUCAGGAUGUGCAGAGCAUUGUCAACUCCCAGCCAACCUCUCCGUCUCACCAUCCACAUCUGGUACAUGGGAGCGUGAACAAGCUCUAUCAUCUCCAGAGACUACAUUCAGAACCCUGGCUCAAGAUCCCUCAAUCCUUUCUAGCCCAACAGCAAGCUGAAGGCUCCUCUCCCAUGGAAGAACUACCUGACAUAACACCUGAGGAAGAGCUUGCUUUCAAAAUGAACAGAUUAGCUUUAGGCUCUCCUCUCUCACGCCACUGCAGCAUGGACCUCAAAAAAGUAGCCAGUUCGGGCCAGACCUUGCUUCAAGAAAGCAACGCAAGAGAGGGUGGAUGUUUAAGACCAGAGGAAGCACUGACUCGUAAUAUGUCCUUUGAUGGUUUAUCUUCUCUCCACUCUCUCUCCCAUCCAAACCUUCACUCCAAAAGCAGUGCAGAAAUGUUGGUCACAGAGAAGGACCCAGAAAAGUCUCUCCCUAACCUAGCAGUGUCCAGUCUCUGCAACAUCAUCCACCGUCGAAAGCUUGGAAUGGACCACUACAGUUCUGAUUCCCAGCUUUCACUGUUAGGCAACUCCCUAGAGGAACGGAAAAGGCAGCUUGAGAGGAGACAACUUGUGACCUCACGCUCCUCCACUUUGAUAGGCUCUCAAGAGUCUCUUGAGAACAACUCACUGGCAUAUAUACACAAGAGACAUCCAGUUAGUCUCGAGCUCAGGGGGUCAGGUGCUCCUCUCACAGAUCCCACUUCCUACUCUCGGCCAGGAUUCCUGCCACCACUGAAUCAGCACGCUACAAUCCCUCAAAUUACUGGAGCGUGCAAUUCCACUGCUCUCUGCUCUAGCAACAAACCAGCCUCUGGCUUGGUAACAGGCAUAAUGCCCUAUCUCCCCUCAGCUCCAGCUGGCUUUCCAAAGGAUCUCAAGACCAGGAGAAUGCUCAUGAGAAGGCACUCCAUGCAGACCGAGCAAAUCAAACAGCUAGGUGACUUCAAGGACAUCUUUGGUCAUUGACUACUGAAAGACACUUAAGCCUUUACUGCAUGAACUAUCAAAUUAUGAAUUUUAUUAAAUUAAAAAUGGCAUAAUUAAAAGAAAA